GCGCCCCUGCAUUACAAAAUUGGUGACAGCGGUGGGAUGAAGAUAAUGCCGAAAAGUCACGGAAAGCUUGAACUACGCGAGGAAUCCACUUCCGUCACGGCAGCUCAACCGUCAUUUGGCGUGCCAGUAGCCAUCCCGCCGCCGGAGAAUUUUCACAUGGGCGACAACUUCGAUCGGUGGGAGUCACAGGUCCGCGACUGCCUACAGCUUUGCUCCCCGAGAAGCCAGAGGUACAUCUUGUUUUCACUCGUCAAUGGUGAGGUGUACGACCAGAUAUACAGGGAAGUCGAACGAGAGGAAGUAACUGAUAUCACCUUCCAAAGGCUGCGAACUAUACUGGUCCCACCCAGGCCGCUACGAGAGUUCCGUAACGCCUUUCGGUACUGUGUCCAAAAGUCAACCGAGACCGCCCGGCGAUAUGCGACGGAGCUACACAAACUCGCAGCGCAGGCCUACCCUCACUUCGACGCAGAGACCCGGGAGCAACUCGUGCUAUUUCGUUUCAUGGAUGGGGUAAGGUCACCGGCCGCGGUAGAGUCAUUGGACGACGCCCCAGCCACCACCAUGGCGGAAGCGAUUGACCGAGCGACGAGGAAGGAGAACUACAACAACCGCCGAACUCCGCCAUCCCAAGCGAACAGAGAAGCCCAGGGCACCGGUAACGCGAACGUCCCCAGAACCAUGGCAGACGAUUUGGCGGAUGGAACGCAAAUGACCGGCAUCGGGACAAGGGCAGGAAUGGGAACGACGAACAACCACAAGGACGUUACAUCAGUAAGUCCCCAAAAUUUUGUGUUCAUGUUCCUGCUAUAA